AUGAUCAUAUUCAAGAACGAUAAGUAUGCGUGCGUGAAGUGCAUACGUGGACACAGGUCCUCGCUGUGUGUACACACAGGCAGGAUGCUUGUUAAAGUGAGGAACCGUGGUCGGAAGAAAGGUAUUGAUGUUAGAGAUGCGAUAGUUGUUGGGGAUAUUCAUCGUAAGAGGAGUUGUGAGUGUGCUAGUGGGCAUGCUGGCGAUGAUAGCAAGCAGUAUGGUGCUCCUAAUGCGGAUGUUAGUCGCCCACAUGAGUCAGGUUUGAAUAGUACAUGUGUUGGUAUGAAUAAGCAGCCGAUUUUAUUUGUUAGAGCUAAGAAAGUCUUGAAGGCACAACUUAUCGGAGGUGAGUUGAAGGAGAUGAGUGAGGUUGAUAUGUCUCGAUUAGAGGUUGAUACUUCCGAUGACGAGACUGUAGCCACUACCACCACAGUACCAAAAGUAGAAAUAUUAGAUAAUAAUGUACUUAAUGUCACGCAAGGUAAUAUCGAUGAUGAUAUGGUUCUGGUUGAUGAUACAAAGAAUUUUGCAGGGGCAUCCAUCGGUGAGCUAAUAGAUGAGCAAUUGAGUUCGAUAAACGUAGAGCCUACGGGCUCGCAUUGCUGUGGUUCACAACCACACGGUAUCGAUCCCAUGAAGACUACGACGGUGACUGCAGCAGCAACAGAGACAGAAAAGUAUCCAUUCUUCCAGUUGCUCACUAAGCGUGGUGUCUAUCUGAGCACACAAUGUUCUUGCUCCGCAGCUAACUGUGCAUGCAGCAACUGUCUGAUACAUAGGACUGAAGAAGAGAUCAAUAAUUAUAUUGAGGCUAGUGGGGUACCGUUGACCAAUUUAGAUAGCUCCACGAGUCUUCAAGCUACGCCGGAGAUAGAGAGCCCUAGACCUUCAUGCAUGUGCAAACCUGAAGAGUGUACGUGUGAUGGUUGUGAUAUACAUACGAUAGAAGUUGUACCGUUCCAGAGGAUAGUUAUACAUGGUUUAAUAAACACAAGACUCACAAAGAAAACUCUAAUACAAUAUAGGAAGAAGUUGAUAGGUCAGAAGUAUUGGUGGGAUUAUUGUAUGGUGUAUAUACCGUGUCUACGGUGUAACAAUUUUGAUGGGUUAGAUAUCGUUGGAUUUUUUGAUAAUAUUAUUAAGGAGCAUGGUCAUGAGCUUGAAGAUGCGAAGGAAAAAGUGGAUGCAGGUUCAAUACAGAACUUGACUAGUCAAGCUGAGAAUUUUAUAAUGAAUAUGAACAACAGCAUUGACAAUGGUGUAUCUAGCAAUACCACGAACAAUAUGAACAACAUUAAUGAUACACGAUUACAAUCACACUAUGCAAAUCUAGUUAAGACGGAGGGAACAAUUUCUCCGAUGUUCAUGUAG